ACAGUCGGUCUGAGCUGCCGAAAGGUCUGGCCGCAGAGACCGGAACGCGGAAUCCUCAGCGUGCUUCCAGCCCGGCAGCCUCCUUCCACCGCUCGGCGGCGAGCCCCUGGGCACCAGAUCCUCUGCUCCGCGGAGAAGCCUGAUGAAGUCCGCCGACAUCGAUCAGGAUUUAUUUACAGACAGUUACUGCAAGGUGUGCAGUGCACAACUGAUCUCCGAAUCUCAGCGUGUCGCCCAUUACGAGAGUCGGAAACAUGCAAGCAAAGUUCGACUGUAUUACAUGCUUCAUCCCAGGGAUGGUGGCUGUCCUGCCAAGAGGCUCCGAUCAGAAAAUGGAAGCGAUGCUGAUAUGGUGGAUAAGAACAAGUGCUGCACACUCUGUAACAUGUCUUUUACCUCGGCAGUGGUGGCUGACUCACAUUAUCAAGGCAAAAUCCAUGCCAAAAGGUUAAAACUGUUGCUAGGAGAGAAAACUCCAUUAAAGACCACAGCCACGCCCCUGAGCUCACUUAAGCCCCCACGGGCGGACACUGCUCCGGUGGUCGCAUCUCCCUAUCCAAGAAGAGAUUCAGACAGAUACUGUGGGCUCUGUGCAGCCUGGUUUAAUAACCCUCUGAUGGCCCAGCAGCAUUAUGAUGGCAAGAAACACAAAAAGAACGCGGCCAGAGUAGCUUUAUUAGAACAACUUGGGACAACCCUGGAUAUGGGGGAGCUAAGAGCUUGAAGAAUAAGUAGUGAAAACAUCAAUCAAGAGAUAAGAAAAAAUGUCAGGAUUUCUCUGCAGUGGAGAAUUGCUUAUCAACCACCAGAGGAGGAGUUUUUCUUGAACAAUGAACAUUUCUAUGAGGAUUCACAGAUUAACAUAUGACUAAUCUUGGUUUUGGGAAGAGAAUGAGUUUCCUUUCUUUUUUUUUAAUUUUGUGGUAAGUUAUGAUAUUUGGAUGGAAUUUUUUAUUCUUUCCUGACAACAUUUUCAGCACAUGUUCUAAAUUAUACUCCUGUAGCAAACAGUUGGAGCAUCAUUCAAACUUAAAGAGAGCGGAAAAUUUUAAAUUUUCUAUUUAUCCUAGAUUUAUUCAGAGUAUAAUUAUUCUAUUAAAUCCCUGAUGAUUGUGAUGUAAACCACCUCUUUCCAUAAAUAAACAUUCUUUCUUGUCAUGUCUAACAUGCACAGAAACAGAACGAAUCACUUAUCAGUGGAAGAUGUAUCAUGGACAAAUACUGGUCCUUCUCAUUUCACCUUCAAAAAUGCGUGCCAGUUUUGCCACCUGAACAAUGAGAAUAAGGAGAAUAAAGUUAGAGUCCUCCUUUUUUUUCCUAUCAUUCAAGAGCUGUUUCUCAAGGUUAAGUCAAGUCGUUUCUUUGUGAGCUGCCAAAACAAUAGUUUAGGAAAAAGAAUUAGUUUGCCUGCAUGAUGAUCCUCUUAGGCAAAAAUGUCUCACCAGCAGUUGACCUUGAUGAACUGUUUUCCCAAAGGCAUCCAAAAGAAGAAUUAUAAAUUCCAGAAUAAGAUGGAAAUAAAUGACUAUUUCUUGUGAAUUUGACCUCAAUUGUGGGCUUCCAAGUUGGGGUACUGGCUGUUUGGGAAGAAAUGAGUGAAACCUGAAGAAACAGCAGCUUUGGGUAUGGUGAGAUCCACCCUUUUCUCUUUCUCCCUGAAGUCGUGUUGCUGAGUCCAGCCAUUCAUUUUGGAAAGAACAUCACUGGCCAGAAUGGCAGACUGGAAAACUGUUACUCCGAUGGGGAACGUAUCUGAGCGCAAUCGCCAAGCUCUCUCUCUCGGUCUAAUUCUUCUCCAGUGUGACUGGACUUGGUGUCCUACAGGCUGGCUACAGAGCUGGGCAGUGAGCGCCUAGUAGGCCCUGGCUGGGGCUGCCCUUUGUACCUUGGGACCCCAGGCGACUGAUCUUCCGGCGACAGGAUUUUCUGGACAUCUAUUCUUUUACCACAGAGAGCUGAGGUGGUUACUACUCAGUGAGCAAUAAAUGAAACGACAUAGAAAUGCACAGCGUUGUUAUUAAGACGCCCGCUUCCUGUGUUUGAACUUCGCACCAUCCCCGAGGAGGGUCCUCUCAGGCGGGACCGGGGCUGCCCGCUUCGGCGCCUGUCGAGAAGCAGCCACGUCAGCCGCGCGCUGCCCGCAGGAGGUGGAAGGGCUGGAUGGGAAGCGACGUAUUUUGCUGUUUUGGGGAAGCACACAACAGACCUACAGAACUCCAGGAAUGGUUUUUCUUCAAAUGUGUAAAAUAAGACUUUAUUUGUCAUUUCUGCUGUAAAAAUAAGCACUAUGUUAAAAAAAAAUGAAUGAAAGUCUUU